GGCCGCCCUGCCGCGCCACGUCUACCCGGCCGUGGACUUCCUGGGGCCCUGCGAGCAGGACGAGCGGAGGAACUCGGCCCCCGAGUCCAUCCUGCUGAUGCCGCCCGCGUGGCCCAAGCAGCUGGUGCCGGCCCUCCCCCUCUGCAGUAUCCCAGUGACUGCAUCCCUCCCUCCACUUGAGUGGCCACUCUCCCACCAGUCGGGCUCCUACGAGCUGCGGAUUGAGGUGCAGCCCAAGCCACAUCACCGGGCCCACUAUGAGACAGAAGGCAGUCGAGGGGCUGUCAAAGCUCCAACAGGUGGCCACCCUGUUGUUCAGCUUCAUGGCUACAUGGAGAACAAGCCCCUCGGGCUUCAGAUCUUCAUCGGGACGGCUGAUGAGCGGAUCCUGAAGCCCCACGCCUUCUACCAGGUGCACCGCAUCACAGGGAAAACCGUCACCACCACCAGCUAUGAGAAGAUUGUGGGCAACACCAAAGUCCUGGAGAUCCCUCUGGAGCCAAAAAACAACAUGCGGGCGACCAUUGAUUGCGCGGGGAUCCUGAAGCUCAGGAAUGCCGACAUCGAGCUGCGCAAAGGCGAGACGGACAUCGGCAGGAAGAACACGCGGGUGCGGCUGGUGUUCCGGGUGCACAUCCCCGAGUCCAGCGGGAGGAUCGUCUCCCUGCAGACCGCGUCCAACCCCAUCGAGUGCUCCCAGCGAUCCGCCCACGAGCUGCCCAUGGUGGAAAGACAGGACAUCGACAGCUGCCUGGUGUACGGGGGCCAGCAGAUGAUCCUCACCGGACAGAACUUCACGGCCGAGUCCAAAGUCGUGUUCACGGAGAAGACCACAGAUGGGCAGCAGAUUUGGGAGAUGGGAGCCACGGUGGAUAAAGACAAGAGCCAGCCCAACAUGCUUUUCGUUGAGAUCCCUGAAUAUCGAAACAAGCACAUCCGCACAUCGGUGAAGGUCAACUUCUACGUCAUCAACGGGAAAAGAAAACGGAGUCAGCCUCAGCACUUUACCUACCACCCAGUCCCGGCCAUCAAGACGGAGCCCACCGACGAGUAUGACCCCACCUUGAUCUGCAGCCCGGCCCACGGGGCCCUGGGGAGCCAGCCUUACUACCCACAGCACCCCAUGGUGGCCGAGUCGCCCUCGUGCCUCGUGGCCACCAUGGCGCCCUGCCAGCAGUUCCGCUCGGGGCUCUCGCCCCCCGACGCCCGCUGCCAGCAGCAGAACCCCGCGGCCGUCCUGUACCAGCGGAGCAAGAGCCUGAGCCCCAGCCUGCUGGGCUACCAGCAGCCGGCCCUCAUGGCCGCCCCGCUGUCCCUGGCGGACGCCCACCGCUCCGUGCUGGUGCAUGCCGGCUCCCAGGGCCAGGGGUCGACCCUGCUGCACUCCUCCCCGGCCAGCCAGCAGGCCUCACCCGUGAUCCACUACUCGCCCACCGGCCAGCAGCUGCGCUGCGGCGGCCCCCAGGAGUUCCAGCACAUCAUGUACUGCGAGAACUUCGCGCCCGGCGCCGCCAGGCCCGGCCCGCCCCCCGCCGGGCAGGGUCAGAGGCUGAGCCCGGGCUCCUACCCCACGGUCAUUCAGCAGCAGAAUGCCACCAGCCAGAGAGCCGCCAAAAACGGACCCCCCGCCAGUGACCAAAAGGAAGUAUUACCCACGGGAGUGACAAUUAAGCAGGAGCAGAACUUGGACCAGACCUACUUGGAUGACGAGCUGAUAGACACACACCUUAGCUGGAUACAAAACAUAUUAUGAAACAGAUUGCCUGUGAUCUUUGAUCCGAGAAAUCAAAGUUAAAGUUAAUGAAAUUAUCAGGAAGGAGUUUUCAGGACCUCCCGCCCGAAAUCAGACGUAGAAGAUGCCAUUAGCAAGACACCUCCCGUAUCUGAGCCCUCGGAGCCUUCCACUGCCUCUCACCUUCUGUUUUCUUUACCCUCCGCCUCCCGGCCCGGAGGCGGCACGCGGGACCGUGUUCGGGCAGAAGGCUGACCCUCGAUUUGGGAGCUCGCCACCUCUCUGUGUAAACACCAGAGGGGACACUCUGCCUUUCGAUUUUUGUCUUAAAUCCCAAAGAGCAUCUCGGUUUGACUUUCAUGGUGUCCUUAAGUGCCUGCUGACCAAAACCACAAUUCUGAGCAAGACCGUGCGCCGUGACGGCCCCCGAACGGAUGGCCCGGAGCCCAGGGCGGGGGCCAGGGUGGGGGCUGGGAGACGUGGGCCGUGUCAUUAAACCCCAGCCCUGCCUUCACUUUUCCAGGUCACAGAUACAGCUCCUGUACCUUUUGAAGGAAAGGAGUUUUCACACAGCAACCAAAGGACCGUGAUCCCAGAGUCUGGCUUGGGGGCUGAAGAAAAACGGAAGCCGGACCGCCCUCCUUAGGGCACACCUGUCCCCGGCCAGGGCUGGGCCCCCGCUCAAGCCUGAGGUUUCCCGUUUUCUCCUUCUGAAGCACAGCUGCCAGGCCCACGACAGGACGGCCUGUUAAAACUCCGCGUUAAGUUAUGACCCGUGUACACGUUUGUUAUUUUUCUUUUCUUCCCUCUGCUCCAAAGAGCCGGCUGGGGCUGGGCCGUCUCUGGGCCAGCAGCUCCUCACCCCUGCAGCGGCCGUCGCACUGGGGCGGGGACCCCAGGCUGCAGCGUUGGCACCCUGCACGCUAAGGGCUUUCUGCUGGUCUCGCUUUCUUCCUAACAGCCAGAGUGCUUUUCCAUAAACUAGUGAAGAAAAACUUCAAGCACGUGCAUUGAAUUUUGAGAAGGAAUCAAAGAACUAAACCAACCAAAAAAAAAGUGAAGGUAUUUUUGUUAAAUUGUGAGGGAGGAGGCGAGGGGCAGUCCUCAGUGUUUCUCGAAGUGGGUUCCCCCCUGACAAGGGUGGCGUUCCCUCUCUGGCCUGGACUCCACGUGGCACUCAAGCUCGGGCUGGGGCCCCAAAGAUCAGUGGUGAUUUUUACCUGAAGCCGUUUCCAAGGGCCCCUGGGUCCCCAAGCCCUGUCUGCAUCAGCCGCCCGCAUCCAGGUCGAAGAGGAUCGGCCUCGUGCCGUCCUCAGCUCGACGGAGCUCCGCCCGGGCUGGUUUCGUGGUGAUCGGCCCCGAGUCCGUGUCUUUACGAGUCUUCCUCCGGUGGCGCAGCUUCUGCAACACGGAAAACGCUGAGCCCUCCGCGGGGCUGGGCUUUCAUCACCCGGACGCACUCCUGUUUGCAGGUGUCAUGGACCGCCCCCCCCCCCCGGGACAAGCCAGGGGUUCCGUUUCCAGCCGUUCAGUUUCUCCCUCAAUAAUCCAAAUAGACCACAGAUGUUCCCGGCGCUCUUCCAAAAGCAGCGCUCCGUGAGUGCUCGGUCAGGUCUGCUAGACCGAAGCCUGGGAAGGGAAUCCUGGCCGGGAAGGGCUCUCCCUGGCGGGUUUACCGGUCCCAGCUCUCCCGUCAAGGUUAGCCAGAAGUUAAACCUUCCCAAUAGCCCUGGCCAGAGCGCAACGCUUGGGGACUGCGGCCUGGCGGGUCCAGUGCUCCGGAGAAUGGACAGAACACCCAGGCUGUGACCUUUUUUUGAUAAUCAAGACCUAGAUUUGUUUUCCCAUCCCCCUACCAACAACUGGGGGGCCUCUCUUCUACCCACCCCAAGCACAAAGUUUAGCAAAAUCCUCUUUUAUGCAAAAUGCCAGUGAGAACUUGACCGUUGCUGCAGAGCUCCUGGGAUGUGAAAUUCUUCCUAAUUCAUGAAAAGGUUCUUUAUACUGGCGGCUUUACGCAAAGCAGCAAUACUGGCCCUCGCUGCGGCGGAGUUGAAGUGUUUGGUGAGUGAUCUGUUCUCACUUGACCAGGAACCAUUCUCCCCCCCCUCUUUUUUUUUUUGGUUGCACAUGAAGGAUGUUGACCUUCCUCAGUUAUCUGAAUGUUUUACACAAGUGCCUUCCUGCUAUUUUAAGCCAAGUCGCUCCGCGCCAUUGUGCCUGGAUGGGACAAGCAAGGCCUAACGCAUUUUCCACCAACCUUCUAGGUGACUGCAAAGGGCCUCCUGCUGGUUCACACUCUUGUACGGAUCUGUGCGCAUACAUGUGUGUACAAUGUACGCACAAGCUUUUUCUGAGACCUCCCAGGCUGGAUAUUAGAGGAAGCCCUUUCAUAAACAACUCUACCAAAUAGCGAAGGAAAGAGAAACAAAAAGCAUUCGUUUUGAGACAGAAACAGGCGAGAGAAUGUGUAUUAGGAACCGACAGCAAGCAAGAAAGUUUGGUCAGUAACCGAUGCCAGGAGGACGCUUUGCCAAGAGGAAUUGCUCACGAAAUCGUUUCAGUCUGGGAAGAGGCAAUAAGAUCCUCUAGGAGAAGGAGAAGAGAAGAAAGUCUAAGUGGGAAGAUGUGUGUGUUGCAGGCGUGAGAAGGAUCUCAGGUGGAGGUUUGCACUUGCUACAUCCAAGGUAAUGUAAAUAUGUAGCACUGCCUACAGGAAUCUGCCGUGUUGCUGAAUGUAGUAUACUUCCGAAGUCUGCAAGUCUUCCUGUAUUGGACAAAAAUACUGCUGCUUGAUAAUAUAUAAUAGCAAUCCAAAUUAGUAGGUUAUUAAAUUUUAUUUUCUUAUCUGUAUUUUUAUGCUUUUUAUCUGUCCCGAAAAUAUCACACACCCCUGUUGGAAUUAGAAAAUAUUUAUACAUGGUUGAAGUCUUUUUCAGGUGUCUCUUUUUACAUAUGUUGAGGAUUCCUCCCUAGACCCACCCCAAGAGAAAUGAUGUAUUCUUGAAAACUUGUGAAUCUUGCCAGCAAAAAACACAAAACAACAACAAAAGCCCCACAGAACUACCCACCUCAGAGCCCCUCGGUUACCUGAGUCUUAGAAGAAAGCAUCUUUGGAGGAAGAAGGGGGAUGGCUCUGUGGAAGAAGGAACCGUCUGUUUGUUGCCGGAAAGGGCGCGGACUUCACCGCUGAGCCUUUGUCUGGUCAUGGAGGAGAACGGUCUUGGAAGGUGUUUAGAUCCCCCCAAAAGAAGGGGUCGAGUAGGUCACUGUGCUUUAAAAACAAAACCGCCUGUGUUGUAACGGGGAUUCUGGAAGACUCCACAAAGUUCACAGAACCCUGGGUGCAGGCUCCUGUUUACAGAGUGGACCAGAUCCCGCUAGGUAACCCCUGUCGCAUGAUCCAAAGGACAUGCAGAGUUCGAGCGUCAACACACCCUAGACGAGUUGGGUUGGUUCCUUCGGAAAACUGGAAAGCACUGAUGUGGCCUUUCUCAUUUACCACCAGUAGCCAAGACAUCGGUCUCAGGAAGUCAGUCUUGGCCGGUGUGCAAGCGGCCACAUUUAGGCCGAUUGGAAGCUUUGUGUGUUCUGGUGAUUGCUCCAGACUCUAGGGAGGCUGACUGUGUGUGUUUUCAUAUCAAAAAAAAAAAAAACCAAAAAACAAAAAAAACCAAAACACUUUCCAAGUGCUUUCUGUUGUUUGCAAUUGAAAGACUGUCAGAGGUCCCCCUGACCAUUUUGUUCACGUUUACAGGAGGCAUGGGGGUUGGGACAUUCCUGACAAGCUCCCGCAGCCAUUUUUUUUUUUUUUUUUGGAGGGAUGACCCUUUAGCAACUACCCAACACACCCUUAACCUCCAGUCUCCCCAGCCUGGGGCUUAGGCAUUAAACCUCAUGGAGCCAAACGAGCCAAUGCAAGCAUUUUCCAGCAUUCCAGCUAAAUGUUUAAGAAGUAUCACAAAGAAGCGUGGUUGCAAAUAUCAGUUUCCCUCCGCUGUCAGCCAACCUCACCAUCUUAACUCGGUUUGUUUAACAACAAACGUUUCUCUGAUUGGUGAGCUGGAGGUGAUCCCUAAGCAAAGCCCCUCUGGAAAGGGGGUGGGAGGUGGGGUGCUGGAGAACACACUCCACACCGGCCUUUAGUGGCUGUUCGCAGCCCAGACGCCCGCCCUGUCCAGGGCCGAUCCCGCUGGAAGCAAAGGCUUGUGUGCGGUUUCCAUGAGAGCAGGUCGUCCGGCACCGCAGCCGGGUCGAGCAUCACCCCCAACACCUGUCAGAGAACCUCCCUCACCCCCGGCCUCUGCAGCCCUCCGAGGGGAGGAAACGUUGACCAUACCGUCCUCAGCGCUCCAAGAAACAGAAUCCUCUCCAACAGGGUGGUGCCGGAAGGCUUAGUUUUCAAAAUCUUGACUGUUAAAGAAGUUUGAAUACAUCACAUUCCUAUGCAGAACAUUUUUAAUCUCCAGUUUCAUGUAGUUUAUUUUUGCUAUAUGUAAAGUAUUUUUAUACGGCUUAUAUCGUGAUAGUUUAGCAAUAAAACAGUUGAAAGCAA